CCAUCGUCGCACAGCGAAAAGGGGCUCAUUGCAAAAUGGCGGGCUCGGACGGCGGUCCAUGAAUGUGCGAUUUCAGGGCCGAGCCAGGCGGUGAUUUGUGUUGUAUCGAGUCCAAAUAUAUAAUUGAAGCUUGAUUGGGGACCGCUAUAACACGCUGCUUGGUCGCCAAGACAAAUUGGUUCUGGGGAGUUUGAGCUACGUAACCACAGUUAAAUUGCAGCAUGACACCUUUACUUGUCUCAUGAGUUACGGGGGAGCUGCGGAGGAUGCCGGGGAGUGACAUGCUCACCUGGUCUUUGCUGCUGGUGCUGUCAGCGUGUGGACUGAGUCGGCUCCAGCCGGGCGCAGCGCAAAGCUUUCCACUGGGAGAGGCCUUCUGCCAGGGCUCUGUCAGCCCCUUCAGUGCUGCAUUAGCGCCGAGCGGUGCUGCUGGCGGUGCUGCGGGCCGCACACGGUGCUGGGACGUAACGUACACACCGCUGCCAGCUGCCACGUGCGCGGGUUCCUGCUGCGACCAUGACAUCUCCAGCUUUGUGCUGCAAGCGAAUGGAUCUUGUGCUGGCGGCUUCGCCGCAACUGCGCAGCUGCUCUCUGGCGGCCGCGUGACCUACGAGGGGCGCGCGGUGAUGCGCGAGAGCCCGGCAGCCGUGGUGGUCCGGGAUUUUCGGGAGCUCAGCGGCCCGCUCAGCGGCCCCACGAGCCUGUGCAUCACUCUUGAUGACGUGGCAACAGCGCCAGCGUGUGACUGGCGGGCCCUGAUGUCCGGUGGAGAUGCUGGGACCACGGCGGCGGGGUUGGGCGCGGGCGUGGGUGCUGGGGCCCUGCCCUGGACGCUGGCGCUGGUGGACAGCACGGAGCAGUGCUGCCCCGUGUUUACUGCUCCAGAGGCGGGCGGCAGCGGGGGGGGCACUGCGCAGAGCUGCAAGCAGCGCGGAGGCCACCGGCUGUGGUGGGCGCUGGAUGGGGGUUCGCGCGCUGGGUGGUCGUUCUUCGGGGACGACACGAGUGGCACGCGCUGCCGUGUGGCUCAGGGGUUUGCGGAGGGGGUGCUUGACACACUUCACGAGAUACUAGCGGACGCCGGUAUCGAUGCUUCAAUAGAUGCAAUCGUCGGGUCGAUGAGUUGCAAGGAUGACUCGACGUUUGAGGUUUGUUUGAACCAGACGGGCGGGGCUGAUCAGCUCGACAUGGGGCAACUGGCAGUAUACCUGAGUCGGGUCCAGGAUCAACCGGGGAGAUUGGAUACUGCGGGGGGCGUGUACGGCGUUGCAGAUGCUUGCCCGCUGGCCCUGGCCGAUAAAGGUACGCCAACUGUGGAUUUGGAGGACGAGAAGGGGAACGUGCUGUUUGUUGGCAGAGCGACAUCUGCAUGCGCCCCAACGGAGCUCGCGUCGGCGUUCCCUUUCUGCAGCUGCGGUGUUCAAGCCAAUACGCAGUUCUAUGCGGACCCCCUGAUGACGCUCCUUGCCGACAGCAACAGCUACUGUCUAAACCUAAGAGUGCGCGAUGCGUCCACAGCGGAUCCAAGUUGCACGUCUGCCCUUGAUAAAGUGGAUUUCCUGGUGACUGAACUCGACAAGCGAGGGCGUCUUCGUGCAGUGUCGAUCAUGCUGAACGGGACGCUACUGGAAAUGCGACCACAGCUGUGGCGGGUGCAUGAGGCGAGAGACGGGCAGCAGGGCGCCGUGCUGAGUGUUGUCCUUGGCUGGGCGCCCGAGUAUGUCGAGCAGAACAGCCCGCAGCUGUGCUUUACGCUGAGUGAGGGUAGCAUGAGUGACCUCAGCCCUCAAGAGCUGGCGUAUGCGCUGCACAGCGGCCCGUCAUGCUGCCCGAGAGAUGGCGCAUCGUACUAUGGGUAGCAAGAUGCGGGGGCGCAAAAAGGCUUCCAUAAAUGCGACUGUUGCGCCGCGCUGGAAUACCCUGAAAGGCCUGAGCAGAUGCUGUGUUAUGAUGUUGAGUAUGGAUGGAGACUGGGAACACGACAGGAUGGGCGCCUGUGAUGUGUAUACGGUACAUUGAUACAAUCGGGAGUUGCCAGCAGUUGGUAAUCUUGUUAAAGGCCUGAAGGCAGGCACACGUACGGAGGUCGCGUCUGCCAAAGUAGCAUGUUUGGAAAGGCUUGCGCAUGGUUGGAUGUCGCGGUGGCAGGAUCGCGUGAACGAUAAGAGGCCUCAAAGCUCAAUGGGCCUCCCUGGAAAGCACGCCUUUUCCUUCAGUGGCACCCGCUUGCGCAAACUGCGCUCUUCAGUAACAAUUCCUGAGUCAACCUUUGGUGAGCAUGUGUGAGGCCAUAUGUGACCCUUAGACCCAGCUCAGCUAGGAUCUAAUGGAAAGCUGCCGUUUGGU